AAUAUCUUUGGCCGGCCGCCAAGGUUUUAUUUUAGCGUGUGUCUAUAUAUAUACUCCAAUAUAUAUGGAGUGUUAAUUAAGUAUAGAAGGGAAUUUUUUUCACGUCGUCGUUCCAUAAUUAUUGUCAACAAUAAUUCAAAUCUUUUUUUAAAAAAUUUCUUUAUUUUUUUUCCUUUGGAUUCCCAGAAAGUUAUUAUUGUUAAAUAAUACUCCAAAAUCCAGAUGAAGAAAUGGGUGUGUGGUUUUAUAUUUUCACUUGUUCUGAUCAUAUCACAGGGGCGAGGCCUCCAAGUUGAUAUUACCAUUCUGGACAGCGCCGUCGAAGAAGGAGCCGUAUGCUUGGACGGAAGUCCACCGGCUUAUCAUCUAGACAGAGGAUUUGGCAAGGGUGCUAAUGAUUGGUUGCUCCAAAUUGAGGGAGGAGGGUGGUGCAAUAGCAUCAUGGAUUGCAGUACAAGGAUGAGGACUCAUUUAGGGUCCUCCAAGCUAAUGCAGACACCCCUUACUUUUAGUGGAAUUAUGAGCAACAAUCUUUCAUUUAACCCAUAUUUCUACAAUUGGAAUAGAGUUAUGGUUAGAUACUGUGAUGGUGCCUCGUUUACCGGUGAUGUAGAAGAUGUCGACCCUGCCAACAAUCUUCACUUCAGAGGUGCAAGGAUUUUCAGGGCAAUAAUGGAGGACUUGCUGGCAAAGGGGAUGAUGAAUGCAAGAAAUGCAAUCCUCUCAGGAUGUUCAGCUGGUGGAUUAGCUUCAAUAUUGCACUGUGACAAGUUCAAGGCAUUAUUACUACCAUUUGCUACUGGUAGAGUCAAAUGCUUUUCUGAUGCAGGUUUCUUUAUUGAUGUGAAGAGCAUCACAGGUGAGCCAGUUAUUCAAAACUUCUACAAUGAUGUUGUGACCUUGCAUGGAUCAGUUAAACAUUUGAACCAUUUGUGUACCACAAAGAUGAAUGAUGGUACAAGUACUGGUAGUAUGUGCUUCUUCCCACAGAAUGCAGCUUCAUACAUUCAAACCCCAUUGUUCCUUAUCAACUCAGCCUAUGACUAUUGGCAGGUGAGGUUCAGCUUGAUACCUGACCAUGUUGAUCCCAGUGGAAUGUGGAAGAAUUGCAAGAGGGGUUUAGCUACAUGCCAACCUCAGCAGCUCAACACCAUACAAGGUUUUAGAUUAGAGUUCCUAUCAGCAUUGGAAGGACUAGGACCUUCUACAACAAGAGGGUACUUUAUCAACUCUUGUUAUCUGCAUUGUCACACUGAGUUGCAGGCCUUGUGGCACAGCCCCAACUCUCCAAGGCUGUUCAAUAAGACCAUUGCAGAAGCAGCUGGAGAAUGGUUUUUUGACAAAGAACAGUUUCAGAAGAUAGAUUGCCCUUACCCGUGCAACAAAAGCUGCUUCUAGCAUAAUUCUUGAUCUGGCCUCCAUGGAUGUAUUAUAUACAAUGGGAAAGAAAAAGUAUUAGCGUUUGUUAGAUAGUAAAAGCAUUAGAGUUUGUUAGACAGAAACUUCAAGGCUAUGUUUGGUUGGACAUGAGGAGAGGGAAAGAAAAUGUGUGGUGGAGACUGGAGAUUAAAAGAUUCACAAAAAAUUAAGAACCUUCUAUUCUCCACCACUCAUUUUCUUUCCUUCCGCUCCCCUCCAACCAAACAAAACAUAAUUGUUUUAGCCAUUAAAAUAAAGAAAAUUUGUCAUUAAUAAUCUGAACUUUAAGCAAUCAACUAAUAGUAAUCCAAACUUCAACUCGUUUCAGAAUCAUUGUGAAUUUUAACACCUUCAUGACUUCAUCCAUUUAUGCACUGCGAACUAACGUCGUUAGUUCUCCAUUAA